CCCACAUUCAAGGGACGGUUCGAUAAGCGUUUACAUCUAUCUGAAUCUCAGUCAUGUCGCUUCAAGUCAAAGAAGGUGACAAGGUCACUAUUGUGAUCUAUCCCCCAAAGCCGCCGGGUCCACCACGACCCAAUCUUCCACCAGUCACGGCUUAUCUGACCAGGAAAGAUGGUAGUUUCCAGGUGCUCACGACUCGAAUCAUUCCUGAACUACGAGGUUUUCAAGUCCUCAAUACAAAAGCGCUAGGAGUGGCGGCAGCCGAUGUUCUCGCUACAGAAGCGUCAACCGCCGUCGACGAUGCCACCGGAGGUUUAGAAUCCUAUGGCGACUGCAAACAGGACAAGUUCACCAAACGUGAAGCUUUGAUCAUUCAGAGUCAGGCUCUGAGUGUUGCUUCGCAGUCCAUCAGCUUGCAGAGUGAGCUUAUUCAAGCUCAACUCGAGGCUUUGGACAAGGCCGAAGCGCUGGAGACAGAGACACAGGCCGAGAAGUAGAGUGUGGGAUCCAUCAUACAUCCCAGACAGCGUGUGUUCCUUAUUCAAGUAGCGACAAAUUGGCUUCUCGACUGGUUCGAGCUUGUUGCAUACAAAUUGAUCUCGUCAAUAAAGCGUCUCGCGAAUCCUAUCCAAAUGUUAUCCAAAUUGUAUUACAAGAUGUUACAUCAGA